GAUUACAAACGCUUUCCUUUGAGAUCGACUUCGUUGAUUAACUGUUUACCGUCUCAUUCGUUUCUCCAGAAACCAAACAAUCCCAAACUUCAGACACUUCAUUACUUCUUGUUAAGCGAUGCAGAAGAGAGCUUCGGCUUCCACUUCUUCGGGCCAAGCAAGUCUACUGAAGAGGCCACGCUUGGCUCCAAUUGAUCAAGUAUGGUCCCUGUGUGAGAGGAAUCUUGAGCCAAGGAGCUUUUUCACGGAGGAGGAUGUCCGCAGAGUGGUAAGAGAAGAGCUGGAGCAUGCUAAAUCUCACUCAGCUGAAUAUUGUCAAAGUUGCACUGGGAAUGCUCCUGAAGAUAUAGUGCGCUCAUUUGAGAAUGCUGUUCAGAAACUGGUUAGAGAAGAGCUGGAGCGUGCCAAAUCUCACUGCGCUGAAUAUUGUCAAAGUUGCAGUGGGAAUGCUCUCAAAGAUAUAUUGCAACAGAUAGGCUUAAUGAAGAUUGCUGUUCAGAAAUUGACAGAAACAGUGGAGCUUGCAAAUAAUCAGUCUCCCCACCUUGGAAGGGUUAAUGCUAAAUCUAUGGGAAAGAAUGAUGUAAGAAACUUACGGCUUCAACUUCAAACCAAACUGCCCGGUCCUCUAUUUACCGGAAAGAAACUAGAAGGAGAGGGGGGUGCUCGCAUUUCUGUUGCCUUGAUUGAUGCGAACACAGGGGAUGUUGUUACAUCAGGCCCGGAAUCCUCCAUGAAGUUGGACGUUGUCGUGCUUGAAGGUGACUUCAACAAAGAUGAUGGUGAUGACUGGGCUCAACAAGAGUUUGAGAACUACAUGGUUAAAGAACGUGAACGAAAGGGACCACUUUUGAUAGGAGAUCUCCUAGUGCCGCUCAAGGGAGGUGUUGGAGAGCUGGGAGAACUGAUAUUUACUGACAAUUCCAGCUGGAAUAGGAGUAAAAGAUUCAGGAUAGGGCUUAAGGUGGCAUCGGGUUAUUGUGUGAAUACACGAAUCCGAGAAGCCAAAACAGAUGCCUUUCGUGUCAAGGAACAUAGAGGAGAAGCAUCCAAGAAACAUAAUUUACCUGCAUUUGACGAUGAGGUCUGGAGGUUGAAGAUGAUUGCCAAGGAUGGGAAAUAUCACCAAAAACUGAAUGAAGCUGGAAUACAUAAAGUGGGGGACUUUCUACUGCAAUUGUUUACGGACCCCAUGAAACUGAAAGAGAUUCUUGGGAUGAGCUUAAAUUCAACAAACUGGGAUACCCUUGAAAAUCAUGCAAAGAGUUGCAAAACAAAUUGGAAACUUUAUUUGUACUAUCCUGAUGGUGUGAGAAAGCCUGGUGCUGUCUUCAACACUGAUCGUGAACUGAUCGGCCUAACUAAAGAUAGGAUAUAUUGUGCUUCUCAUCGACUUUCUGCCGAUGAAAAGGAACAUGGAGAUACAAUUGUGAAAGAGGCCUUUGAUAACUGGAAUGAUGUUAUGGAGUUCAAUGGAGAAACCUUUUCUUGUUCAGUGCAGAGGAAAAGCUCAAGCUCUUUUUCAUCUCAAGUCUUACAAGUUGAAAAUUUUUCCCUUGUUCAAUGUAAAUUGACUCCACAAAUCUGUGCCACUCCAGUUGGUCCGGAAGCUUCUCUGGCAAAUGUGGGCUCUGCUGCUGAAUUUCUAGGUGAUCAACAAUGCUGCCAUCCAGUUCACGACAAUAUGCUUCUGCCGAGAUUGGCCAGUCAAGUUGCUUUGGUAGUACCUCCUGAAAGUUCAGCAUCGAUAGUGGAAGUGGCAUUGCUGCUGCUCGAUUGCCAACAGAAUCACAAAGUCUCAAUUCCCCAAAUGCCACGCCGAAGCAAAUUAUUGACAGUUCAAACCAAGUGGAGCCUUCAACAGAUGAAAAUAUACAGCCGUUCGGACCACUGCAUGAGUCAACACCAAACUUCCUAGAUUUCAAUUUUGGAGAUGACGUGAUAUGUUGGCUACCAUGAGGUGAUUGAGGGCUUAAAUCUUCUGGCUACUCACCAAGCACUGCUUGCUCCUGGACAAAUUCCCUGGAUUCAACGUUCAGGGCAUUGGCUAAGUAGAUUUCUUAUUAAUCUCAAUAAUGUGAGUUGAACCAUGUUUAGUGCAUCAGAAACUUGUGAGUUAUUGGAUGAAAUGAUGACUUAUAUUUCAAUUAAUUGAAGUAUUAGCACUA